AUGCCAAAUAAGGUGGAUUCUAUCAAGACGUGGAAACAAGAGCCAGAGACGAACGACUUUUAAUUCGAUAGGAAUAAUAUUAAUUUUAGUGACUCAUAAUAAAAUUCAAGGAAUGAUCUGGAGAAUAUAAUUUUUUUUAAAGAUUCUUAAAAUGACCAGAUUAGUUAUUCUGAAUAAGAAGAUGAAAUUCAACAAAAAUGCCGAGGAACCAGAAAAAAGCAUAUUCCUAUUAAUCAAAAUAAAAAGUCAAUUAGCUAAGAUGAAAAAAAGAUUGAAUUUGAUAGAAUCAUCUUUUACAUUUAGACUGAGUUUUGUCAACAAACACUAGAGAAUUAUUUAUAAUAAAGAAAUGCACAGUUGUUGAAACUCAGGAAAAGUAAGGAUGAUGACUAUCAAAAUAUUCAGUAGAAGUACGUAACAGAAGCCAAAAUGAUAUUGGAUCAAAUUAUUAAAGGAUUGGAUUAUUUGCAUAAUGAAUGUAAGCUGGUACACAGAGAUUUGAAACCUGGAAACAUUUUCAUGAAUAAUCCAGAUGAUGUGAAAAUAGGAGAUUUUGGUUUAGUUGCAAAACUUAAAUAAUUUUAUGACUUUGAGGAUCAAGAUGAUGAUGACGAUAUCUGUACAAGAAUGUAUGCAGCCCCUGAAUAGAUUAAUUAAAAAAUAAACAAAAGCUUUUCUGAUUAAAAAAGUGAUAUCUAUGCGUUAGGUUUGAUAAUUUUACUAUUAUUUCAUCCUACAUCUACUUCGAUGGAGGCAAUUAAAGUGAUGAAUGAAGCCAAAAAGGGCAUACUUCCACAGAUUUUAAAAGAUAAACAUUCUAAAAUAUCAGAAAUUAUUUUAGAAUGUAUGAAAAAUGAUCCGAAAUAGAGACCUAAUGUUAAUGAAAUUGCAGUGUUGGAUUCGAUAAAUUCAUUGUCUUCUUCAAAGAAAAGUAGUAAUGAAUUUAAUAGUGAUUCGACUGACCUUUAUAUCAAAAAUAUUGGAAAUUGCUUAGUCAAAUUUGAAGAUGAAGCAAUCCAAGAGAAAUAUUUGCAGUAUAACAAUAGAUAGAUUUAAAUUUUUAAAAAUUAAAAUUGUCUUAAGGCUCAAAUGAUAUAUAACAUUAAUGAAUGUAAUAUAUCUUACAAUGAGAGCGAAAUCUUAGUUGAACAUAAUUAAUUAGAAAACUUUUCAUUCAAAACUACACAUAAUUAGUUAUAGGAUAUUUAUGAUCAAUUAUGUGAACUCACCUAGGCAAUAUAUUGA